GUUGUCGCGGUGUUUCCAGGAAGUGACUCUGUGCUGGCAGCAGGUUGUGUAGUUACAGUUAACGGUGUUGUGUUUAGAAGAAUUAACACAGCCUUUUAUUUAUAGCUUUUGAAAACAUGGGUGAAGACGAAGAAAAGUUUGACGGUAUGCUGCUAGCAAUGGCACAGCAACACGAAGGCGGAGUGCAGGAGCUGGUCAACACUUUCUUCGGGUUUCUGAGGCGCAAGACAGAUUUUUUCACGGGUGCGAAUGUGGGAGCCCCAGAAAAGCUUGUUCAAGAGUCAUUUGCAUACCACAACAAGCUGGCCCAGAAGGCACACAGGGAGAAGGUGGCGAAACAGGAAAAGGAGCAUCGGGAGAAAACGGAGAGAGCUGCCAAGCUUGCCAAGGAAGAGGAGAGAAAGAAAAAUAAACCAGAAGAGAAUGAACCGAAAAUCAAGGAGCUGACGGAUGAGGAGGCAGAGAAGCUGCAGUCAGAGAUUGACCAGCAGAAAAAAGUAGAGGAGAACAAGAAGAAUGAGAACGCCAGCAUGAGCAACACGGAGAAUACAUCGAAAGAAACCGACGCCAAGGGGUCUGAUUCAGAAGGUGAAGAAGAUGAAAAGGAUAAAGGCAAGCUGAAGCCAAACUCUGGAAACGGUGCAGACCUGCCUAACUACAGGUGGACACAGACCCUCUCUGAAGUUGAUCUGUUGGUCCCCUUUGAUGUCAAGUUCCGGUUAAAAGGGAAAGAUGUAGGGGUGGAUAUCCAGAGGAGGCACCUGAAAGUGGGCUUAAAAGGGCACCCCCCAGUGAUCGAUUGUGACAUGUACAACGAGGUGAAGGUGGAGGAGAGUUCCUGGCUCAUCGAGGAUGGGAAGAUUGUUACAGUACAUUUAGAGAAGAUUAAUAAAAUGGAGUGGUGGAGCAAGAUAAUAACAACAGACCCUGAGCUUAACACAAAGAAAAUCUGUCCUGAGAAUUCAAAGCUGUCUGACCUGGACAACGAGACCCGUGGGAUGGUGGAAAAGAUGAUGUAUGACCAGAGACAGAAAUCCAUGGGUCUGCCAACCUCCGAAGAGCAGAAGAAACAAGACAUCCUUCAAAAGUUUAUGGCACAGCACCCUGAAAUGGAUUUCUCCAAAGCCAAAUUCAGCUGAGAAAUGCCUGUCUGUUUCUCAGACUGCCCUUUGCUGCCCUAAAGAAGACAUGCACGUAUAAAUAAUGUAUCCAGUCAGCUGGGAUCCACAGACACAACAGUUAACUUCUAGUUCAGUCCCAAAGACUAUGAAUGAAACCCUGUAUCAAUUCUGAAUAAAACAAAACUGUUACA